UCUCUCUCUUCAAUGUCGAGCUCGAGCAAGGAGACUAGCGAUAUUCAUAUGGCGGAACUUGGCAGUGCCGUGCCGCCGAUGUCUGACGCCGAACGAGGUGAACAUCCUUCGCAGCUGACAAGUGGAAAUGGUCGGUCCGCUUCGCACGACCCAACGCUGUACGAGCAAUACCUGUCAAGAAGGCGCGCGAUUUGGAACCGUCUGCGGGGAAAGGGAAGGCGUGUACCAGGCUUCAGGGAGAGCGUGAAGAACGUGGUACUGAGCUCAUGGAUCAAUAUACUCUUUCUCGUUAUGCCUAUUGCAUGGGUGUCUCACUUCGAGAAAAGUUGGUCACAUGAAGUUACCUUUGCGUUGUGCUUUGUUGCUAUCAUUCCUCUCGAGAAGACGUUCGACUUGGGCGGCGAGCAAAUGGCGCUGUACCUCGGUAAAGACCUUGGAGAUUUGGUCAUCAUCACCCUCAACAAUGCUGUAGAAGCGACUUUGGCAAUUGUCUUACUGCGCAAUUGCGAACUUCGAUUGCUGCAGGCGACUAUCGUAGGCGUGGUCGUUCUGCAUCUUCUCCUCAUCCCGGGCACAGCCUUUCUCGCGGGCGGAGCGACCAUCUGGGAGCAGAACCUGCACCCGCAUCCCAACGAGCUGAACCACUCGCUCCUGGCCGUCGGCGUGCUCACGAUCCUCCUGCCCACCGCGUUCUUCGCGGCGCUGGACCGCGGCGCACAGUCGAUCGCCUCGAACGGGCAGCUCACGUACUCGGGGAACGUGCUCACGGACCACAUGCGCGACGAGAUCCUGCGCAUGAGCCGUGGGCUCGCCGUCGUGCUCCUCGUCGUCUACGUCGGAUCGCGCAUCUUUCUGCACAACCCGCCGGGCGACGGCAACGCGGGCACGCUCGCGCCGAACGCGCCGCUCGAGCAGAAGAUCCAGGAGGAGCACCUCAAGACCGUCAACCCCGAGAUCCACCCGCUCGUGUGUGUGACGCUGCUCAUGAUCACCAUCGCGCUCAUGGCCACGACCGCCGAGUUCCUCGUAGAGAGUAUCGAAAACGUCCGGGAAGCUGGCCACAUCCAAGAAGAGUGGUUCGGCCUCAUCCUGUUGCCGAUUGUAUCUUUCUCGGCCGACGGGUGUAUCGCGAUUGCCUACUUUGCACGCUCGGUAUGGAACCAUAUCAUCGGGAAGGAGACGCUGGUACCUUCGGAACUCGCUAAGGGCCGUGCCAUCGACCUCAGCAUCCAGUUUACACUCUUCUGGAUGCCGUUCCUCGUUCUCCUUGGGUGGUGGAUCGAUAAGCCUAUGCACCUGCUCUUCGACUAUUACGAGCUCGCGAUCGUCCUCGGUUCCUGCUUCCUGGUCAACUACGUCACGGCGGACUCUAAGACGAACUGGGGCGAGGGCCUGAUCAUGGUCGCUUUCUACGUUAUGAUCGCCAUUUCGGCGUGGUUCUAUAUCGGUCAGCCCGAGCUCGCCGUGAUGCUGAAUUGUCCUGGGACCGUCGCCGACGCUCUCACUAGUGGUGUCGAGAACGGAGGAGAGGGAGUUAGGGUUAUAGCGCGGACUCUUAGAGCUGCGCUGUGAUUAUCUUUUUCCGAAUUUCUUCCGACUUUCGAGGCGCGGAUUAUUAUUUUCUUGUUUGCAGCAUAUCAUGGACCUGACGCAUAUUCAUGAACACUCACGCAUAGCAUAGUAUAUCCUAGCACGUACAUCAGCAGACGUGUUAUCUAUUGGCAGAACGCCUGUUCUUCUGUUAAUCCAAGCACAGUUUACAGUUACGCCGCCUUGACGAGCUUCCCACCCCUGUGCCACCAUAGACUCUCCUCGUCCUCGUCCUCCUUGCACCACAGGUCCUUACUCUGCCACAUGUUCAGCUCCUCAAGCCAGAUAUCAGACGGGCGGUCGAGACAGCACCCGUCGAAUGCCUUCUUCCACAGCGGCGUCCAGAACCGCUGCCACCACGCGACGUCCGCGCGGCGGCUCAGGACAUGCUCGUAGAAGAGGAUCUGGCCGCCCGGCCGGAUGACCUGCUCGGUCAGGGCGCGCAUCGUCGCGCGCGGCUCGGGGAUGCCGCACAGCGAGAGGAUGCAUAUGACGGUGUCGACCGUGUGCGGCCCGCCGAGCGCGGAGACGAGCAGGCCGAUGUCCUCAGCGCCGUAAGGCGCGACGAGCAGCGUGCCCGCGGCCUCUGUGAAGCCCGCUUCGCCCGCGACCCGCCGGAUCUCGGCGUGCAUGUUCGCGUUCGGCUCAAGCGCGACGUAUUUCGUGACCUUGGUGCGGUCGAGGUACCGCGCGGUGUGCCCGAAGCCUGCGCCGAUGUCAAGGACUACGCCGUAUGCGUUCGGCGUCAGGAAGGAGUUCUUGAGCUCGCGAGUGUUUUCGUCGAUGUCCUUUCC